AAUAAACUUCCCCCACACCUCUUUCACUUCAACCCAUCUAAACGACACCAUUCCUUUUUUCUCUCUAUUCAACCAUGGCUUUUAAGAAAACCCUAGCCCAGCGCCUCCUCAACAUCACCAAAAUCUCCAAUUACCGCAUUUCCUCCUCCGUUCGUUCUCCCAAUCCGGCCAAACCUGACAUUGCCCCGGAUCCCGGAGAUAGCGGAAUCUUCCGCCGCUUCCUCCACAAGAGGCCAGUCUUCUCCUCGGAGCUUCGACAGCCGGCUGCCGGAUCCAUCCUCCACCGCCUCCGGGAGAUGGACAUUGCACGGAGCCGGAUCCGGUUGGACGGACUCACUCCACCGGAAAAACAAGAAGUGGGGGCCAAAGAUGUGAGGAAGGUGCUCAGAGCCAUUCAAAUAGAAACAGUGAAAUCCAAGUUACGGAAAAUUCCGGAGAGUUGCAUACCUUACUCGGAUUUCAUGCGAAUGUGCGUGGAGGGUUGCUCCGAUCCGGAGCAAGCGAGGAGCAUCGCGCAGAUGCUGGACGAUUCAGCCUCUGUUAUCAUCUUAGGCGAUGUCGUUUUCCUCCGACCUGAACAGGUAGCAAAAACCAUUCAGUCUAUCCUACCUCUAGCAGGAGCAAGGACUAUUGAGUCAGAAAGAAAAGAGUUGGAAGAAAUGGAGAAAGUAAAAGCAGCAAUUGACGAGAGAGCGAACACGUUGGUUCGACGGGAACUGUGGGCUGGGUUGGGGUUCCUAGUGGCACAGACAUUAGGAUUCAUGAGACUCACAUUUUGGGAACUAUCUUGGGAUGUGAUGGAACCAAUAUGCUUCUAUGUUACUUCCAUGUACUUCAUGGCUGGCUACACCUUCUUCGUCAGAACCUCCAAAGAGCCUUGCUUUGAAGGCUUCUACCAAAGCCGUUUCACCAGCAAGCAGAAGCGUCUAAUGAAACUUCACAAUUUUGACAUUGACAGGUAUAAGGAACUCAAGGCUGCUGCUGCACCAUCGCCACCCUCUUUCCAGAUUGAUACAUCAUUUGCUAUUCAACCAUUUCAGCAAUUUCACAAAAACUUGUAGUGACUACUAUAAUAAUCAUCCCUUUCCCUUUCCCUCUCUCCACCAAAUUAAGGGGAAUCAUUCUCCACCUUUUCUUCUCCAUAUCAGUCCUUCCCAAAACCAGAGACAAAAAAAAAGAUAAAAGAUAAAAAAUGUUUUAUGAUCAAGAUGACUUAGCAUUAGGUGCGGCUUGGUGUACAAUAUAUGCAGAGUGGUUUUUU